AUCAAUCAUGAGGGAAAAAAGAAAAACAGUCUGUAACUUUGAGAAGUCAGGAGAAAACUUGUUCAAUAAUGUUUCGAUACGUGUAACAUUUCAGAUAGUAAGCAAAUUGUUCUCCAAGGCAAGUACUGCUAGCUUCCUAAUAUAUCAGUGGAGCUCUCUCACUUAUUGAUUUUGUGUGUGUGGCUCUGAAUCUCUGCUUCUCUGAGUAAAGCUAUGUCGGGGCCUCAGUGCUGUGAAAACCCACCAACCCUUAGCUCAAGCUCCGGAGCUGGUUCAGUGACUGAAAUUGGAGGCUUAAAAGCCUACGUUACUGGCCCUUCUGAUUCCAAGCAGGCCAUUCUUCUUAUUUCUGAUGUAUUUGGAUUUGAAGCACCAAACCUAAGGAAGCUUGCCGACAAAAUAGCUAGUGCUGCUGGAUUCCAUGUUGUGGUUCCAGACUUCUUUUAUGGAGAUCCCUACGUACCGGACAAUGCUGAGAGGCCUGUAUCAGUUUGGAUACAGUCUCAUGGAACAGGCAAAGGAUUUGAAGAUGCUAAACCCAUAAUUGCUGCUCUAAGGAACAAAGGGGUAUCGAAGAUAGGAGCAGCAGGAUUCUGUUGGGGUGCCAAGGUGGUUGUGGAGCUAGCAAAGUCUGAUUACAUUCAAGCCGCAGUGUUGCUACACCCUUCCCUUGUCACAGUUGAUGAUAUUAAAGAGAUUAAGGCUCCAAUAGCCAUAUUGGGUGCUGAAUUUGACAAGAUCUCUCCACCUGAACUCCUGAAAAAGUACGAGGAGGUUUUAUCCACUAAGCCUGAGGUUAAUGGCUAUGUGAAAAUAUUUCCUGGUGUUCCACAUGGAUGGACUGUCAGGUACAAGGAAGAGGAUGAGGCUGCUGUCAAGCAUGCUGGAGAAGCCCAUCAAGAUUUGUUGGCCUGGUUUACUCAGCAUGUCAAGUAAAGAUAAUCAUGGCGGAUGAAAUGCCCACAAUCAGAUUAUAUCAGUUAAUCAGUUACCAAUAACGAUGAUGAGCAGGAAGAGUAGGAAUAAUAAGAUAAUAGCCUAGUGUUGUUGAAUUAGACUUAUGUAAGAGCCAAACUUGCUUCCUUUGGGAAGGCUUGAGAAGCCAUUUGGCUUUUCUAAAAUAUUGUUGAAGGAUAAUAGAAUACCCUAGUGUUAUUUGCAUAAAAAUUGUGAUAGUGUUCAUCUCCA